AUGGCUGAUUCUAUUCCUCUGGAAGGUGAUCUUAGCCCCGAUGCCAGCUGGAUACAUCUAUUCAUUAACAAUACGAACGUGACUAGUCAUCGGGAGUCACAGAUCAGCAAUGAGACUCUAAUGCAUGGGAUUGGAGAAGAUUCUGAACAAAAGGGAGUUGUAACUUUCCCUUUGCGAUCGAUUGCGCACAUUGAGGAAAGGCGAUUUGAACUUCGUGAUCUCGCUCUGGAAUUAUUCUUUAAUCGGAUGUGCAAUAUUCCACCUGUCAUGAUUGCCUUUCGUUCAAAGAAAGCAAGAUCGGGAUCACUUUCUGCUAACUUUGGUUGGAGCCUGCAGUGCAGCUUUGGGAUUGAAAACUGUCGUCGGUAUCCAUCACAACGUCUUCGAGAUGCUUGUGCUGGCAUUCUUGGUCCCUUUUCAACACCCUACAUUGGUCAAGCUACUCGUGGACGUCUUCUCGACGCUCAAGUUGCCUGGCUCCGAGGUCAAAUGUCAAAUUUUGAUUAUCUUAUGGCGCUUAAUUCCGCCGCAGGGAGGACAUACAAUGAUAUUACACAGUAUAAGUACAGCUUUGACGAGGAACAACGGUCCAUUCUUUGUCCUGUCUAUCAUUAUUCAUCUUUCUGUUCUAAUGAGGCCAUCAUUCUUCAUCUUCUAUUCCGCCUCAUUCCAGUUGCAUUCAGGCUUAUUCAAUUUCAAGCGAAGCAUGUUAAGGAGUUGAUUCCCGAGUUCUUCUUUCGAUCUGACCUCUUCACCAACCAUGAAAACUUUGAAUUAGGCACUCGUCAUGAUGGCAUACUGGUUGAUGGAGUUGAACUACCUCCGUAA